AUGCAAGAAAUUUCACACCAGGACAAGGUUCUUAUUGCCAUUGGGAAUUUCUACGUUUGUUCUAUAGUUGUGGGGAUGAUUCUAGAAAUCAUUGUCAUGUACCCCAUACAGCUCCGUUCAUACAGAGAUGGAAUCAAUAACCUUUUUGUUUUAUUGAUUGGAGGAAUACCUAUAGCUAUGCCAACAGUAUUAUCUGUCACACUCGCAAUUGGUUCUCAUCAACUCUCUCAACAGGGCGCCAUUACGAAGAGGAUGACAGCAAUUGAAGAAAUGGCUGGAAUGGAUGUCCUCCGUAGUGAUAAAACUAGAACUCUUACCCUGAAUCGCCUCACUAUCGAUCAAAACCUUAUUGAGGUUAUUCAAGAAGGGAAAAAUCUUUUUGUCUACAGGCACAUGCAAACAUCACAGAAGUGCAUUUCCUUCCUUUCAAUCCAGUGGACAAAUGCACUGCAAUUACGUACAUUGAUUCUGAUGGCAACUGGUAUCGGGCCAACAAAGGAUCUUCUGAACAGGUAA